GUAUGCUCAGUUCACCAACUUCCCUUCUGCCCUCAACAGCCCUGAAUUAUACUGAAUUACCAUCGCAGGUGACUUUCCAUCCUGCACUUCACACAAUGUUCGACAAUUCACAGUAUCCCUACAACUGCUUUAAUUAUGAUGGAGAUUAUCCUUCCUGUGGCACUGAGGAGGAGAAGAAAGUGUGCAGACCUGCUUACAGUUACAUUGCGCUGAUAGCCAUGGCCAUACAGCAGAGUCCAGAGAACAAAGUCACGCUAUCGGGCAUCUAUGAGUUCAUCAUGAAAAGAUUCCCUUAUUACAGAUCCAACCAGAGAGCCUGGCAAAACUCCAUCCGCCAUAAUCUCUCCCUCAACAGCUGCUUUAUAAAGGUACCUCGCACUGAAGGCAAUGAGAAGGGGAAGGGAAAUUACUGGACUUUUGCCAUAGGCUGUGAGUCCAUGCUGGACCUCUUCGAAAAUGGUAACUUUCGACGGCGGCGACGGCGACGACGUAACUUAAGCCUGGGCUUCAGGGAGCCUUCUGAACCUUUCAGCCCCAUGGACCCCCAACAGAAUGCCCCGGUGCAGUCCCUUCAUCCUGAUUCCUUUUGUCCAGAGAGUUCAAACCACAGAGUGGACCAGCGCAACCCUCCACUCAGCAAACCAGAGCCGGAGAUCAAAUUCAGCAUCGACUACAUCCUGUCCACGCCAGACCCCUCACCAGGGUUUAGACCUCCACACAGCGGAUCUGCAGGAGCCAUGAUACAGCACCUGGAGCCUCAGCAGCUCAACCUGCACUUCUGGACCCUGUGAACUACACAGUCUAAAAAACUGGGAAAAAAAAUCAUGAAACCUCACAGAACUUUUUUAAGUUGUGGUGCAAAUUAGUUGGGACAAUAAUGUGAUGAUGAUGGUGUCAAGUUCAUAUUUUCGAGAUCAAUCCUUAAUCACAAUGUAGGGACAGAGAAUAUGGCUUGGACUACUACUCAUGGUACAGUGGAUUUUUUUUUUGCCUUGUUCAUUAGGCAUGUUACUAAAAUUCUAUCAUCUCUCUAUACAAACAUUUCCGAUUAUCGGAAGUAAAGUUUGUUUGCAACGGAAGAAUAGACAUAAAGGAAGUUUUGCUGUAGUUCACUCACAUAUCUUUCGAGUGUUAAAGGUAAUGACAGCAUAUUCCUAUGCUUUAUUAUUGUGCUGACAGUGACAUAUAAUUGAUGUAUUAUUAUAUGAUCAAUUUGUUUCCUUAGCUUGUUUGAAAUCAUUUCCAGACCUAAGCUUAUCACAGCACAUUAUGUGGACUGUUGGGGUUUAUUUAAUGUGUUUAACCUGCCUUUGGAGUUUAAACGUUCAGUAUUGCACCCCCUCUUGGAGAAGAGCUGAGGUGCCGUAUUGUUUGCACAUUUCAGCGUUUAAAUUAUAUAUAAUUUCCCCUGACGCUCACUGCUCUGUCAGACAUUUAUAGAUGGACCAUAUCUCAUUUGCCGACAAAAAAAAAAAAAUCUUUUUAAGCUGACCCUUUUAUUGUUUUACAGGAGGGUUGUGUUCCCUAAUUACACACACUAAAGCUUUCUUCCUAUUAUAUCCUGUGCACAGAGGACAGAUUUCAACUUAAUAAUCGCUGUAACAUGUAAUAUUGAGCUUUUGUCAUCAUUCAGUAGGUUAGAAGAAAGUGAAAGAACCUUUUUUUGUGCAAUACCACCACCAUAGAGUAUGUGUGUACUACAGUAAUUAUAUUGUAUUUCAUAUUGUAUAUAAUCUGCAUACCUGCUUUCUGGAAACAAAAAAAAAACAUCAGCUAACAUCAGAUCAGACACUUAAAACAAAUCGCUAAUCAGGUUGUAGAUGAAUGCUAAUUUGAAAACUACCUUAAUCUAAUGGAAAUAUUGAAACAAAAGACACAGGACAUCGAAUUUAUCUGCCUUUUUAUUGUCAUAAUACAAAAAAGAUAUAAACUUAACUAAACAAAGAACAAGUACAAUAUACCUUAAAUGAAUAAAAUCUGCAUUAAGCAUAGCAUUGAGUUUGGCUUAAUGAAUAUAUUUUUCUUCAAUAAACAGCUGCUUACUGAAAACUGUAAAACAGCAUCAGUCCUAACAAAGAUUAUUACAAUAAAAGUGUCAGAACAGUUCAUGUUAAAGAUUUAAAAUAUGUCAGUCUUUGUAUUUUAAAUUCUGUAUUUCCAUGACAUGGUAAUUAACAUGCUGCCAAACCAGUGCGGUCUAACCUUCUCCGAAUCCGACUAAUCUCUGUGACUGACCUUUUCCUUUGUGCUGAAACAGAGUCUCUCUCAAUUUGAUCCGCCGCUCUAUUAGAAUACAUAUCAUUCAUAACAGUGCACGCUUAAAAUGGAAGCCUGUUAACAUUUAUUUUCCUUCUAAGGUGUAUCAAUCAUAGCGUUUGUGCUAGAGAGGGGACAUUUUUCAAUUUAACCUUUAUAUUAUAGUGUGACUACAUCAGGAAGGUUUCGAGACACUUACCAUGAGUGGCAUUUAAUAUAGUAUUACACUUGCAAGGUUAGCAGGAGAUGUGACCUUAUUCAAAUCCUGCUGCCACUACAACACCACUCCCAAUGCAAUUAUAAUUAAAUGCCUUAUGCCGGCUUGCAAAUCCCCUGAUCGAUCAUUGAUAUUAAUGUUAAUAUUGCACUGCCCCCAGCCCCUGUCUUGCAGUAGAACUGUUAUGGAUCAGCAGGUUUCUAUUAACAGAGCUGUUGAUGUUGUGGGCUGUGGUGUGGAUAUAUUUGGGUAAAUUAACUUAGCAUAAAGUGCUCCAAGGCCUGGGCUUUAAAAAAACAAAAAACAACAAAAAAAAACAAAGC